UGGAGGUCGAUGGCGGAUGACGUCACGGCGAAGUUAACGCGAGAUGGCGCGCGUGGUGCUGAAACGGCGCGAGCAGCUGGAACGCACUAAAAACCUCUGCUGUACCAAAACCUGCACGAGAGAAGGUCGCUCCUGUUGGAAGAAGCUCGCUCCACGUUUUCUGUAAACAUGCGUGGAAAAACGCGCGUGUGCUAACUGGGUUUAGCUGUACCCCGCACUCCAUAGAAGAACCGUGCUCGUUUUUAAGGUGGACGAAAGGAUUUAAUGAUGGCUUCAGAAGUUCUAAAGUUGCUCGUCUUUGGGUUUUUUUCGUGUUCGGUCAGUUUGACUGUUGGUGGGGGGCCAUUUGGUGGUUUGGAAACCUUGGUGGUGCCCGAUCGAGUACCCAGUGUGCACUUGUCUCAGGAGGAGAUCCGGAAACUACACUUCAAACCCACUGUGGGCACCAUGCAGUGUUUCGAGGGUUCUGAGGUCACAUUCAACUGCUCAAUUGACUUUGCUGACAUGGGACAGGACCUGAGUAUCCUAUGGUUCAAAGAUGGCAAGGAGAUACUUGAUGGCACACAGACCGCUGUACACAGUCAUGGAACAGUAAAUCUGAUGUCCAUUAUCAGUAUUAAGAGCGUUCAGCGAGCUGACUCUGGUGAGUACCAGUGCAGACUGAGCGUCAGUAACAAAGUGAUUGAGUCAAAUCCCAUCAUUGUUGAGGUUGCUGGUUUACCAACCUUUACAAAACAGCCAAGUGAUGUAAAUGUAAGCAGGAGCAGCUCUUUCACGUUGACCUGCGAGGCUGUGGGUCCCCCGAAUCCUGUCACUAUUGUGUGGCUUCUCCAAGGCCAGAGGUUAAACCAUACCAGUCUCUCUCCAAGCACCAUGACUAUCCCAGGUGUGGACUCGCCCACUCAAUACAGCUGUGAGGCUCACAAUACCAAAGGAGUCACGGUUUCCAGAGAGGCUCAGGUCAACAUUAAAGAGAUUCCAGCCAAGGUCUCCAAAGUUACUGUGGUGAAACGUGAAGCAAACAAACUAAACUUAAGUUGGACUCCUGGACAUGAUGGCUUUUCCCCACUCAGAGACUGCCACAUCACUGUGAGAGAGCUGGUCAGAGAGUCGGGCAGCCCUACUAGGGUGCACAAAGUGUCAAUCCCUCCUUUUUUUUACGAGAUCACUGACUUGAAAGCCAUGACCUGGUAUAACAUGAGUGUGUACUGCACAAAUGAGAUUGGCCCCUCGCUACCCAGCUCCUGGGUCCAGACCAACACAACAGAAGGAGUCCCUUCAGUGGCCCCUCAGAAUGUGACUGUUCAUGUAAACGAGUCCAUGCUGCUGGUACGAUGGGAGCCUCCUCCUCCCGACAAGAUAAACGGCAUCCUGCAAGGAUAUGAUGUCAUUGUCAAUGAUGGGAUAUAUGUCAAUAAGAUUCGCAGUAUCUCUACACAGGCAGCAGUGGCCAUGCAGGAGUUUAACACUACAUAUACUGUGGAAGUGAUGGCUUGCACACAGGCUGGAUGUGGAGUUAGAAGCUCUCGUUACUCUGUCUUUGUCCCAGUGAUUGAUAUGCCCUCCCCAUCUUCCAGUCCAGACGCACAUGGUUCAGACUCUGUGUACAUUGUGUUGGCAAUGAUUUGCGGUGUCUGUCUUGUGAUGUUUGUGAUGUUUUUUGCUAUAUGCAUGCGUACCCGGAUGCUAGAGUCUCGACUAGGGAGGUUGCUUGGAAUCGGAGCGAAGUUUUCACCCAUUGUCGAGUACAUACCUCAGAGGUCCUACAAUCGAUCGGCAAUUGAAAUUACACUCACAAACCUGGGUGUCAGUCAAGAACUUCAGACCAAGCUUCAGGAUGUGAUGAUUUUAAGAAAUCUGCUUGCCAUCGGAAAAGUCCUUGGAGAAGGGGAGUUUGGUUCCGUAAUGGAGGGACAACUAACUUGGCCUGAUGGAACGAGAGAAAAAGUUGCUGUGAAGACAAUGAAAUCUUUUCUUCCAGUGGAUAAUUUCUCUCAGAGGGAGAUUGAAGAGUUUCUGAAUGAGGCUGCCUGCAUGAAGGACUUUAACCACCCCAACGUAAUUCGGCUACUAGGUGUAUGUUUAGAUGUGGGUCCAGGCCACUUCCCCAAGCCGAUGGUCAUCCUUCCCUUCAUGAGGUACGGAGACCUGCACAGCUUUCUUCUUCGAUCCCGGCUUGAAAGCAGUCCAUUGCAUCUCCCAACUCUUCUGAGGUUUAUGAUUGACAUUGCUUCGGGAAUGGAAUACCUCAGCAACAGAAAUUUCCUACAUAGAGACCUUGCAGCACGGAAUUGCAUGUUACGAGAUGACUUGACUGUCUGUGUGGCGGACUUUGGCCUGUCAAAGAAGAUUUACAGUGGAGAUUAUUACAGACAGGGCAGGAUAGCCAAGAUGCCUGUAAAGUGGAUUGCUGUGGAAAGUCUAGCGGACCGAGUCUUCACCGUGAAAAGUGAUGUGUGGGCAUUUGGUGUAACCAUGUGGGAGAUAGCUACUCGAGGUAUGACUCCAUACCCUGGUGUCCAGAACCACGAGAUUUAUGAGUACCUCUUGGAAGGCCACAGGUUGAAGCAGCCAAAUGACUGCUUGGACGAACUGUAUAACAUUAUGUUAAGCUGCUGGUGUGCCGACCCUGUGGACCGGCCUGAUUUUUCAAAGGUGAAGGAGAUGCUGGAGAAGCUGGCAGAGAAGUUUUCUGACAAGAGGGAAAUCAUUUACAUCAACACCACUGUCUCUGAGGAGGAACAGCUGGCACAGGUACCGUUAGAGGGCCCUGUUCUCACCUCCUCACCAUCCUUCAGCCGCCAGACCAUGGACACCUCCAUAGUGACCGUGGACGUUCACAAGAGCUCGGCUGCAGAUGACGAUGACCGUUACGUUAUCGUUGUCCCCUCAGAGGAGCCUGGUGCAUCGGGACAGAGCAGCACUGUGGACACUCUACUUUUAGCUGCGACGAAUUCGGAGCAGAACGCUGUUGACUCAACAGAACUGCAUCAAGUCUCUAGUGAGACAACACAUUUACUAUGAACUACAAACUGCAAACUUAACAGCUACAUUUUGUUUUGUCUGUAAAAAAAAAUCUGAUUUUUCCUUUUGAUAUCUUCCACUACAAACCUUCAAAUGAUAUCUAAUUUGACCUGAUUAUUAAGUACCAGGUUAGAAGCAAUGUGUGAAAGUAUACAUGGAAACAUAGAUGCUGGUGUGUUUCUGCCACCGUAAGUAUAUAUGGCCAAUUUAGUUAAAUUCAUUUGUGUAAGUUUUUUUUUCUUUUUUUUUCUUCUUCUCAGUAGACAUUGUCACAAAUCUGCUUUACAGAAAUCUGUGUCUAGAUCAAGCUGAGGUAGACAGAAAAUAACCUUCCAUCCAGCACAAGGAAGGCUUUUUAGGGGGACUCAAAAAAAGUGACUCCAUCUUUCUCUACUCUGCACAUAAGGAUAUCAGCCAGAUGUUUAAGGGUUUGAAGGAUUCACUGCAAUUUCAAACUGAAAAAUAAUGCAAUAGUAUUGUUAACAGUGUACGUUUAACAGAUCUUAUGUACAUAAAAUUAAAUAUAUAUAUUCUUGCAGUUGGAAAUAUGAUGUACAUGAAUAGUCCAGAGGUUUUAAAAUUGUGUUGCUAUGUGUAACAGGUGUUUCUGAAAUUAAUUGCAAAUAUAAAUAUGUUGUUUGUUAUUAAACUAUAUUUUUGUUUAUAUUGGGAGUAUGUAUGUAUGUAUGUAUGUAUGUAGGUAUGUAUGUAUGUAGGUAUGUAGGUAGGUAGGUAGGCAAUGUCUAUUCAGAUAUACCUUAAAAUCAGUGCUGUACUGUGCUAUGGGCUGACAUACAGUGCUGUGGAAAACUUUGAUUUCUUCUGUUUUUGUGUAUAUCUCAUACUAAAUUGUUUCAGAAAUGAAAACAAAAUCUAAGAUAAAGGCAAACUGAGUAAACACAAAAUUUAGAACACAAUAUUUUAAAUUAUGUUAUUUAUUGAAGCAAAAAAGUUAUCCAAUACCAACCAGGGCUGUGUGAAAAUGUAUUUACCCCCAUAGUUACUAAUUCUCAUUUGUUAAUCUAUGAAAGUGCAUUCAUAAUGGGGUUCAGCUGGACUAGAUGCAACCAGGCAUGAUUACUGCCAGCCCUGUUCAAUCAAAUCAACACUUAAAUAUAACUUUUUCAACAGCACAAAGUUGGUUAAAAGGUCUUGCCCAGUAACACAAUGCUAUUUCAAAGGCUCUGGGACUCCAAAGGACCACACUUCACAGUCCAAAGGACCAUGAUCUCCAAAUGAGAAAAACUCGGCACAGUAGUGAACCUUCCCAGAAGUGUAUUCUUCCAAAAAUCAUUCAGAACCUUCCAAAAUUCCUCCAAGAGUACCACAACGACUCAUCCAGCAAGUCACAAAAGAGCCAAAGACAACAUCAUAGGAACUACAAGCCUCUCUUGCAUCAAAAAGGUCAUGACUCCACUAUCAGAAAGACACUGGGCAAAAAUGGCAUCAAUGGAAGAGUAGUGAGUUGAAAACCACUGCUGACCCAGAAGAACAUUAAGGCUCAUCUGAACAUUUUGGGAGAAUGUUCUGUGGAUUGAUGAGUCGAAAGUGGAACUGUUUGGAAGACAGGGGUCCCAUCUGCCGUAAACCAAACACAGAAUUCCACAAAAAGAACAUCAUACCUAUGCUCAAGCCUGGUGGUGGAAGUGUGAUGGUGUGGGGAUGUUUUACUGCUUCAGGGCCUGGGCAACUUGCAAUAAUUGAGGGAAACAUGAAUUCUGCUCUCUAUCAGAAAAUCCUAAAGGAGAAUGUCCGGUCUUCAGUCCGUAAAUUGAAACUCAAGCGCAACUGGAUUAUGCAGCAAGACAAUAAUCCAAAGCACAGGAUUAAAUCCUAGUCCUAGAAGUAAGUGAAAGACUGAUCUCCAGUUAUCGGAGGCGUUUGGUUGCAGAUAUUGCUGCUAAAGCUGGCACAAACAGAUUUUAAGUUUAAGGGGAAAUUAGUUUUCCACAUUGGUGAUAGAUUUUGGGUAUAACAUUUUUGGGGAUAGAUUUUUUUGCUUCAAUUAAAAAAAAAACAGUAUUGUGUGUUUACUCAAGUUUCCUUUAUUUUAUGUUGUUUUUCGCUUAAAGAUCUAAAACUAUUUAGUACAAGAUGAAAUCAGGAAAUACUUUUUCACAGCUCUGUAGUGUCAUAGAAACCUCUGAAGGAAGUCAAUUUUAUUGCUUUUUAUUUUCCACUGGUUUUGAUUUUCAAUUCAAUUCAUUUUUCAAUUCUACAGGGUGUCCUAAAAGUCUCCAAACAUAGUGGUGAGAAGUGGUAGCUCAGAGGUUAAGAUGUGGACUACUAAUUGGAAAUUUAUGAGUUCAAAUACCAGGACCUUCUAUAGUCUUCAUUAUGCUAGGUACUAAGAAAGAGCCUGCAUCUUUUGAUCGAAUCAGACAUGGCAGAUGAUAAUCUGCUCAGGUACUUUUGGGCAAGAUCCUUCAGUGCUUUAUAGGUCAUUAGUAGUAUUUUAUAAUCAAUGUGGUAUUUUACUGGAUGCCAAUGAGGCAUGGAUAAAUAAUAAAAAAAUUAAUAUGGCCAUACUUUGUGGUUCUAGUAAGGACUUUGGCUGCUACAUUCUCACUUGUCCUGAGCUUGUCUAAGCAACUACUAGAACAUCCAGACAGCAUUACCUAGAGGUAAUAAAGGCAUGAACUAGUUUUUCUGCAUCGUGGAACAGCAGUAUAUACAGUAUCUUAUAGGGAUGUAACCGAAUUCAUCCCAUGGCAGCGGCUAAAGUCUUGUGGGUUAUCACAGUGUAUACUGACAUCUCCAACAAUUACUGCUUUUUCUAUUGAAACAACCAUAUUACAGAUAAGAAGUCUGUAACUUCUGGUAGAAAUUCAGAAUAAUGCCCUGGUGGCCUGCAAAUAUUUAACGCAA